GAUUUCCAUACUGUGCAUGCCCAGAUAACGCCUCAAACCUUUCGCACAGUUUCCUUCACGCCACGUUUACGUUUCAAGCUUCACUUCAAAGAUGACAACGUCAAAGCCAUUGGUAUCGGAGCCAUGGACAGUCCUGCUUCGGAGAAAGAGAAGCUUCGUUCCGCCUAUUGCCCUCCCCUAGACGAGGCCGCUUUCUAUGCUAUUGCCUCUGAUUAUGAGCUUCCCCGAGACCGAGAAAUCUUGGCUGCAGUCCUCGAUACUCUGAAAGCCAGUGCGUUGGAACAGGAGAACACCGAUUUUGACCCUUCGGGAACUGGAGGCCCAGCGCAUGCCAGGGGUGCCACAGAAACAUCAAGAUCAAGUCCUGGAGAUACGCUUUCGAACGGAGUCACGAGCAUAACGACUGGUCUUUCUGAGCUGCGAUGGCAUGACCCAGAGAGUCUAAGCCGUGAACUGGACGAUUCCACUCUUGAGCAGAAGACAGCAUGGCUAGUGAACAUUUUUCCAGAUAUACCACGACGUGAGCUGGGUAGCGUCCUGCAAAGCCACGAUGGCGCACUCGACAAGGCCACUGAUGAACUACUCAACCUCUCAUUCCUGAUGCAAGGAUAUGAAGAAGCUCCGGAGGCUGUACCUGUCCUGAAGAGCAUCGACGCAUUUGCCGAGGGAAUGCAACCGAGUCGAAAAGGCAGGAAAAGUAAAAGGAACAGGACAAAUGAGUCUUCACGCGCGAGUUCCGUCUCUUCUUCCGCGUACGAGAUAGAAUAUUCUCCUUCGAAUGUGUGGUCUACCAUGUCUGAAGACGUGGAUUUUAUUUGCUCCAGGACUAAUCUCCAUCCGCAGACCGUAAGGUCAGUAUACCAUGCAAACGGAGCCCGCCUUCCAGCCACGAUUCGUGCAUUGGCAGCGAAGGAGGAGGCAGCAUACGCCCGGCUGGAGGAAAUUGAUCCGAUAAUUGAGCUCCAGAUCUCUGAAUUUCAAACAGAGUUCAAGCAAGUACCGAAGUCUGUGAUGUAUGGACUACUGAUAUUGGCACGAAAGAUACCUUCUGCUGCACAUGAGCUUCUCGAAGCUAUGACAGCAGCAAGAAGAGACGAAGACCUUGAUCAGAUUCGCAAUGUCGCUCACUAUACUCCGCUUGACCUGAAGGAGAACACGCCUUUGGAACGUCCAACCCCAUCCCGGAAGAGUGUCGCGGCCAGCUCUGGGCGGAUAUCCGCGGCCGCUUACAGGGCUGCAGCAACCCAGAAUUUUGACCAAGCUACGUCGGCUUGGAAGAAGAGCAAGUCUGAUCGACUGUAUGGCGGAGCAGCCGCAUAUUAUGCCGAGGUUGGGCGCGAAAGAGCCAAUGCGGCAAAAGCACUUCAGGCUGCAGAAGCAGAUACGCUGGUCUCCCGGCAGUCUUCCUCAAAUGUGCUUGAUCUGCAUGGUGUGAGCGUUCAGGAUGCUGUCCGUAUUGCCAGCAGCAGUACACAACGCUGGUGGGAUGGUCUAGGAGAUGCGAAAUAUGUUCCUGGAGGUGGUGGCCCUGCAAGAGCCGGCUUCAGGAUAGUGACCGGAGUCGGGACUCAUAGCAAAAAUCAUGCUCCGAGGAUAGGGCCCGCCGUGAGCAAGAUGCUUAUCAGGGAGGGCUGGAAGAUAGAGAUUGGUCAUGGUGAGUUGAUUGUGACUGGGAAGAAUCGACGAUGACUGACAGAUGCCCGACGAUGUGUUUGCAUUUCGGGGACGGCGAAGGAUGAGGAAGGAUGAGGCGAUAGCCACUUCUGACAUAUUAGCAUCCGAUGUUGGAGCCAUUCUAGCCUUGCAGUUCGAAUUCCAAAUAUUCCAGCUUCACA